UCAUUCUUCUUCGUUUUCAUCGUUUUCUUUAUCGUCUUCUCCCCAGUAUUUUCUUUUGAGAUCAUCGUCGCUAUCGUUACCCUUCUCCGACCACUGAUAUUCUGGCUGCUCAUUGGUGUCGUCCCUUUGGAGUGGUUCAAUGUCACCCUCGUCGUCAUGUUCGACUACUGUAAUUCUUUUAUGCUCCGGGAUGGGAAGAUCUUCCAUGUCGGGAACUUCCGAAGGAAUGAUGUGCUCGAACAGCUUUAUAACAGCCAUUUUGAGAAAACGCUCUGCUGCCGCGACUUACCACGUUCGAAUUUCGACAUUUUCCGGUUCACCUCCUGGCAACUUAUUGCAAGGGAUCUCGUGUCUUGUUUCUCCACCCUGGUUUAAGAGCAGCAGUUACGCUCCGUCGCAGGUGCAUUUAUUUACAGCUAUGGAAAAACCUCAGAUAAUUUUACAUCACCAUCAGUCGUUAAACUAUACCUGCUACGAUUGUAAAUGGAUACCGUUCAGUCCGCGAUUCGUUGUCCUGGGUGGUUUCCCACGGGGUACCGGCUGCAUUGACAUUUUUCAGAUGUCCGUUUCCGAAGUGAAACAUGUGACUCAGGUAGAAAAAGCCAAGAGCUUUAAAUGUGGGACAUUUGGAGCAUCGUCUGUGCACGAGCGACAUUUGGCAACUGGAGAUUUUGAUGGUCGAUUAUGUGUAUGGGAUCUGGAGAAACCUGAAAUGCCAGUGUACCAUUUGCACGCUCAUACGCAAAUUAUCAACGCUAUCGACGGAGUGGGUGGGCUCAGCUCCGGGGCCGGGGCUCCGGAAAUUGUAACUGGUAGCCGGGACGGACUGGUAAAACUGUGGGAUACUCGGCAGAAGAAGGACCCGGUAGCGGUGAUGGCUCCGAAUGGGCCGCAAGGAGACGGACAGACACUACGCGACUGCUGGACAGUGGCCUUCGGAAAUGCUUGUAGUCCGGAGGAGCGCUGCGUGGCAGCUGGCUACGAUAAUGGCGACAUCAAGCUGUUUGACCUCCGCACGAUGUCCGUGCGGUGGGAGACCAACCACAAGAACGGAGUUUGUCACUUGGAAUUCGAUCGCAAAGACAUAAACAUGAACAAGCUCGUCGCUACAACAUUGGAGCAAACAUUUCACGUUUAUGAUAUGAGAACGCAGCACGAAAAGGAUGGUUUCGCCAGCAAAGCUUUAAAGGCGCAUGACUCGACGAUUUGGGCCUGCCGACAUUUACCCCAGAACCGUGACGUAUUUAUGACGUGUGGAGGAGAAGGUUCAUUGAGCCUAUGGAAAUAUAAUUAUCCGACCAAUCGGACCCGAGAAGACAGUGAAGGAAAAUCAAUAGGGGUUGUUGGCGACAUCCAGCUAAUGCAGGACCUGAAGUUGGGAAGUCAGCCAAUCAGUGCUUUGGACUGGAGUCCUGAUAAGCUGGGGCUAGCGGUGACCACUGGCUUCGACCAGUGCAUGAGAAUCGUCAUUGUUACCAAACUGAAUCGGCUGUGAGUUUUCUAUAUGACUAAUUUUCUGGGUGGAAUAUGUGGAAACUGUCAGAACUACGUAAUAAGUACAUUCACUUGAAUUUGAUUUCGUGGUCAUAUGCUUGGGACAGAUGAAUAUUGCAAUGGGUAAUCAGAAUUUAUGUUCUUGUUAACCCUAACAGAUUCUGCACAGAAAUAUUUGCGGUCAAUAACGAUCGUACUGUACUGGCUGAAUGCAUUUAUAUUUUACUGAAUGAAAAUGGACGUAUGCAGUCAUCCGUUACUAAUACUCUACUGCAUGCAAUAUGCUACUCACAGUAUGAUUUCGUAUU